AUAUCUCAUGCAGUAGCUUAUCGAAGGGCUUGUUCUCCCACAACGGCUUCAGUCUUCAGUUCUACUUCUAAACAACGAGCCACUCCCCAAAAGUCACACCCUCUCUAAUGGCGUCUCAGAGCAGAAAAGGAGGAAAAAAUCGCAGCGGCCAGGAAGGUGUGCUUGCUAGGGUUACGAACACAAUAUCUCAAUCAUCCAUCGUCCAGCAAGGAAAACUAGUGGCGUCUGAUGCAGCUUUCGUAACGAAGAAGCUUCUGAAGAGCACUGGGAAAGCAGCUUGGAUUGCAGGAACGACGUUUCUGAUCCUGGUGGUUCCUCUCAUCAUUGAGAUGGAUCGAGAGCAGCAGAUGAAUGAGCUCGAGAUGCAGCAGGCAAGCUUGCUCGGUACCCCACCUGUGGCGCCUCAGAAAUGAUGAAUAAUAGCAGGUGCUCAGGUUAGAGAUUUUUCCUUGUUCUCCCUUUCGGUAGGGGUUUGUUUUCCAUUUCGUGUUUCAAGGGUUUAGUUCAGGUUCCUGUGCUGGGAUGGUUAGGCUUUGGGGUUUUACGGGUUUUUGAUGUUCCUGUAAUUUGAUAUAAUGCAAGGUGUUGGCCCUAUUUUAGGGUUUUUGUUUUCCGGGUUAAAGUGGAUGUAACACCUUUACUUUUCAUGUUAAAUCGAUUUAGUGAUUGCUUUAGCUGCUA